AUGAAGGGCCCGUAUCCAGGACAGAUUCUGACUUCAGUUGGUAUUGAUUCAAAUAAUGGCAUUUAUCCUUUGGCAUAUGCAUUGGUUGAGUCUGAGAACACAUCCUCAUGGACCUGGUUCUUGAAGUGCCUUGGUGAAGACUUAGAUCUGGAAGUCAACUCAAACUUCACUUUUAUAAGUGAUAGGCAGAAGGGGAUUAUACCUGCAUUAAAGAAAGUAUACCCUAUGGCUGAACACAGAUUCUGCGUAAGACACAUCCAUGAAAAUAUGAAGGCUAAGUGGAAGGGAGACUUGUACAAGAAUCUGCUAUGGGAAUGUGCGUCCUCAACAACAAUUCCAGAGUUUGAGGGUAACAUGAAAAUGGUUAGGAUCACAAAUCCUGCUUUACAUGAUUGGUUGAAAGAAAUCAACCCAAAACAUUGGUCUAGAGCAUUCUUCAGUGGAUUAGCAACAAGUGAUGUGCUAUUGAACAACCUAUGUGAGGUGUUCAAUAGACAGCUAAUUGGUGGAAGGUACAAGCCAAUUAUAACCUGUCUGGAGUACAUUAUGGAGUAUUGUAUGAAGAGAAUUGUAGUGGUGCUCAAGCAGAUUGCAAAGGCAGAAGGUCACUUGACCCCCAAAGCUAGCAUCAUCUUUGAACAGAUCAAAAGUGAAGCUUCAAAUUACUCAGUUAUGUGGAAUGGGACCAGCAAAUACCGAGUCAGAGAGAGAGGUGGUCAAGACCAGUGUGUAGUUGAUGUAGAUGCUAGGGUUUGUUCUUGCAGGAGGUGGGAAUUGAUAGGCAUGCCAUGUAAGCAUGCUGUGGUAGUUAACUGGACAAUGGCUCAAUAUGGCAUGAAUCCAGGCCCUCCAGAGACUUGGGUUUCAGAGGUAUACUGGAUGGACACUUGGAAGAAGGUUUAUAAGAAUACAAUCAACCCAAUCAAUGGGGUAAAUCUUUGGACACCAUCACAAGUUCCAACAACUAUGAUACCUCCUAAGCAUCACUCACAGAUUGGAAGGCCUUCCAAAAAGAGAAAGAAAAGUGCUAAUGAGGAGAUUGUGCCAGUGAAACAUGGUAAGAUGAGCCAGAGGGGAAACACUGUCACCUGUAACAAGUGCAAUGCCAAGGGUCACAACCGAAGGUCCUGCAAGGAGGUGGUGCCACAACCACAGCUUUGA